AUGACUCCGAAAAAUUCAAUAUUUUGGCAAAUUUUUCAGUUUUUCAUUUUUCUCACCAUUUCUUUGGCCUCUAAUUUUAACUAUGGAUUUUCGACUACUUAUAUUAAUACUUCGGUUGGGGAAUUCAAGGUGAGUCGGACUGAAAAUUGUGCUGAAACAGCUGAAAAUAUAAGUUUUCAGUGAUUUUCAGCGAUUCCAUGAGUUUCAGCACAAAAUUUCAGCCUGGAAACGUUUUUUUUUUUAAUUUCGCGCUGAAAAAGCUGAAAAUAUCCCAUUUCCAGAUUUUCCUCAAUGAAUCUUUGCUUCGCCGCGGCCAUCAAAUGUCUGAAAAUCAAUACAUCUGGAUCUGGAACAUUUUCCUGAAUUGUUGGUUUGUCGGAUUUUUCGUCGGAAUUUGGCUAAGUCCAAUUUUGAAUGAUAAAUUUGGGAGGAAAAUUGGAUUUUUGAUCGGAAAUUUUGUGGCGUUUUUGGCGGCGGUUUUGAGAAGUUUAUCGAUUUUUUGGUGGUCUCCCGAAUUAUUGAUUUUUUCGAGAUUUUUGACGUCGAUUUGUAUGGCUGUCACUUAUCAGAGUUGUAUUUUGUUUUUGCAGGUUAGAAAAUUCAAAAUUUUAUUUUUCGAGCUAACAUUUUGGGGUACACUGGAUUACUGUAGAAUUUGGGAACUUUUUUGGAAUUGAAAAAAAUUCGGGUUUAAAAUUUUCGGUUUUUUUGAUAGAUCAAACAAUUUUUCGAAUUUUCUACAGUAGUUCUGAAUUACUGUAGAUAAUCACCGGGAAAAAAGUUACAUUUUUCAAAAAAAAAUUUUUUUUUUCAAAAAUUUUUUUUCAAAUUUUGAUCAAAAAGUUUGGAAGCUCAUAACUCGGCUCAAAAUUGAGAUUUUUCGAAAAUUCGAAAACCAGCAGAUUUCCCAAAUUCCCAAUUUUUUGAAUUUCCCAACUUCCCAGCGUCUCUAAUUCCUGGAAAAUUUUAAAAAUUGAUUAAAAUUUUUUUUUCAAAAUUUUGAUCAAAAAGUUUGGAAGCCCAUAACUUUCCUCAAAAUCAAUAUUUUUCAAAAAUUUAAAAAUCAGCAGAUUUCAAAUUUUCUCAAUUUUUCGAUUUUCCUAAUUUCCCAGCUUCUCAAAUCCCCGGAAAAUUUUGAAAAUUGAAUUUAAAUUUUGAAAAACAUUGUUUUUUUUUCAAAAAUUUUGAUCAAAAAGUUUGAAAGCCCAUAACUUUCCUCAAAAUCAAUAUUUUUCAAAAAUUCGAAAACCACUAGGUUUCCCAAUUUUUCGAAUUUCUCAACUUCCCAGUUUCCCAAAUUCCCGGAAAAUUUUCAAAAUUGAUUAAAAACAUUUUUUUUUCAAAAAUUCAAUCUAAAAGUUUGGAAGCCCAUAUCUUUACUCAAAACCAAUAUUUUUCAAAAAUUCAAAAACCAGCAGAUUUCAAAUUUUCUCAAUUCCCCGUAAAAAAUUUAAAAAUUGAUAAAAAAAAUUUUUUUUUUCAAAAAUUCCAGGAAUGUUCCCCCACAGCACAACGUGGCAAUUUCUCAUUCCUCUCCGAAAUCUCCUUCUCCUUUAUGACUCUAAUUGGAAGUCUUCUAGGAACUGAUAAUAUUUUGGGUCGACAUUUAUUUUGGCUCACAUUUUCAGUGGUCCCAUUUUGUUUCUUCUAUACUUUUAUCCUUUUUUUCUUGCCCGAUACUCCAAAAUUUUUACUUUUGGCCAAAAAAUCCGAGCGAGAUGCGAUAAAUUCUGUCAAAUUUUAUCAUGGAAAAAAUGUAGAUGCGAAAAAAGUUUUGGUUGAUAUUAGAAUGGUGAGUUGGCGGCCUCCUACAGUACCCCAAACAAAAAAAUUCCAGGAAGCCGAAUGCGAAUCCACUCAAAACUCCACCACUCUCCAAAACAUGCGUCAUCUCUUCGCCUCUCCUCAUCUGCGUCUCGCUCUUUUCCUCUCCGUCUCUGCCCUCCAAAAUACUGUAGGCCUUUGGGCUCUUCUUCUUUCGUCUACAUAUUUUUUGGAGAAUGAAAAUAUUGCGACAGAGAUUUCGGAGUGGAGUACAACUGCGAUGAGUUUGGCAUAUGUUUUAGGAGCAAUGACGGGUGGAGUUAUUAUUGAAAGGUGAGAUUUUCAAAAGUUUCAAUGGUGAUUUUCGAACUCCCCGUGAAAUUCCGGUUCGAAAGACAUAUCAUAAGAAAAAAUUCGAAAAAAUGACCUUAGGGGGUCCUUUAAGGCCCUAAAUUUCAAAAUCACCCAAACCCUAUGAAUAUGGGUGUCUAAAAGCUCAAAAUUCCACCAGGAAUCUCGAAAAAAUAUUCUGAACCUCUAAAAUCUUCCAGAAACCCUGAAAAACACACUGAAAGCAUCUGAAAAAUCCGAAUUUUCCGUUAAAAACCAAGAAUUUCAUGGGAAUUUCAGAAUUUCAUUGUGAUUCUCAGAUUCCCCGUGAAAUUCCGGCUCGAAAGACAUAUCAUAAGAAAAAAUUCGAAAAAAUGACCUUAGGGAGUCCUUUAAGGCCCUAAAUUUCAAUAUUCACGGAACCCUAUGAAUAUGGGUGUCUAAAAACUCGAAAUUUCACCAGGAAUCUCAAAAAAAUAUUCUGAACCUCUAAAAUCUUCUAGAAACCCUGGAAAACACACUGAAAGCAUCUGAAAAAUCCGAAUUUUCCUUUAAAAACCAAGGAUUUCAUAGGAAUUUCAGAAUUUCAUUGUGAUUCUCAGAUUCCCCGUAAAAUUCCGGUUCGAAAAACAUAUCAUAAGAAAUAAUUCGAAAAAUGACCUUGGGGGGUCCUUUAAGGGCCUAAAUUUCAAAAUUCAAGGAACCCUAUGAAUAUGAAUGUCUAAAAACUCGAAAUUUCCCCAGGAAUCUCGAAAAAAUAUUCUAAACCUCUAAAAUCUUCCAGAAACCCUGAAAAACACACUGAAAGCAUCUGAAAAAUCCGAAUUUUCCAUUAAAAACCAAGAAUUUCAUAAGAAUUUCAGAAUUUCAUUGUUAUUCUCAGAUUCCCCGUGAAAUUCCGGUUCGAAAGACAUAUCACAAGACAAAAAUCGAAAAAAUGACCUUAGGGGGUCCUUUAAGGUCCUAAACUUCAAAAUCAUCCAAACCCUAUGAAUAUGGGUGUCUAAAAACUCAAAAUUCCACAAGGAAUCCCCUGAAAAUCAAUAUUUCCAGACUUCCUAGACGAACCUUGCUAAUUACUGUAACUCUAAUCAAUAAUAUCGCAUUAUUGGCGUUCGUUUUCUUCGCAAAAAUUCGAUUAUUGAUUGAUUCACUAAAAUAUGGAUGUUUGAUCUCUUUAAUCAUCUAUGGAUAUACUUAUGGGUAUUUGAAUUUGCCACGUCAUAGCUCACAUAUUUUUUUUUCAAUUUUUUCAGAACCGGUGUUGGUCCAAUAUCCUGGUUUAUUUCUUCUGAACUUGUUCCACAAAAACAUCGAAGUAUAACUCAAUCAGUUUCAUAUGCAAUCAAUACUUUAAUGGUUGUUAUAAGUACAUUUACAAUUCUACCAUUAUAUAGUUCAAUUGGUAGUUAUGCAUUUAUUAUUUUGUACAGUAUUCCAUCAUUUUGUAGUAUGACUAUACUUUUUAGAUGGUUACCUGAAACUAAAGGAAGGGAAAUUUAUGAAAUUGUUAAUGAAUUGAAAAUGAAGUGA